UAUCGCGGGAGCCGCCUCCCUAAUCACUACGUAAUGUGCCGUGCUGCUUCUAGCGGCGCUGGUGACAGUGCUGAAAGCUGUUGGGUAUGAAGUGAAACCGAACUGAAUUUUUGUACCAUCUGCAACUGCUUCAAGUUCAGAUCACAACUAAAGGAACUGAAGACAAACCUCCCAGAUUAAAAAAAAAGUUGUAACACUGAAGCCACGUGGGGGGAGAAAAGGAUCACUUCAAGGAUUUAAAAACACAAGAGAAACAAAAAUCCUGAAACGACCAAAGAACACGCACAUCAGCCCAACUGAAACGUGAAAGAGAAGCAAUCCUAUGCCCAAGCAUAUUCUAUGAAGAAAACUGAUCUGAAACCAGAAGUUUGUGCCUACUCAACAGCUUUGACAAAGCACACGUCCCAACGCUGCUCCUAGCCCUCCUCAUCCCAACUACGCCGCCGACUCGCCACUAAGGUGUAGAGUAGGCUGCUCUCUGCUAGUACCCUCCCAUAGUCUCCCCUGUCUCUCUACUCCACCUUUUUGUUCUCUGUAACUUUUCUAAGCAGUGCUAUUGCACCUGCAACUGCCUUUUGUGUGCUAGGUUUCGUUUUUCUUUUCUUUUUUUUUUUUUUUACUUGAUGCAACCACCUUGGUCUUGUGCCAGAAACAUGUUAGGAGUGUGCAUGUGUUAAAGUGUGUGUAUGUGUUUGUGUGUGUGAAGCUCUGCGAAGUCAUCAAGAUCCAGAGACAAAAGACAAAAGAAACGGUAAAGACAUCCAGCCGUGUAUCACUGGGUGGUUACUUAACUGUUGUCCAUUUAAAAAAAAAAAAAUCAAGCAGAAAUUCUAACAAGUUCAGCAAGUGCUCAAGCAACUUUGGUUGAAGUUUAUGGGAAAAUAUGGGCAGCCCCUGGAAAGGCUUUGUUGAGUUUACCUUGCCUGCGUCACCACCCACCACAUUUGUUAGUGCUGACCUGAGCAGCACCUCCCCUGUGGGACUCAGCCUGUCGCCAUAUGGCCGAUCCAUGAGUUUUGACCCAGGCAUGCUUCAUAACAAUGGACACACUGCAUAUGCCAACGGCUCAGGGCCUGGCAUCAGAGAAACCGGUGUGGUGGAGAAGCUGUUGACUUCCUAUGGAUUCAUCCAGUGCUCAGAGCGCCAGGCUCGUCUUUUCUUCCAUUGCUCCCAGUACAACGGGAACCUGCAGGAGCUUAAAAUAGGAGAUGAUGUAGAGUUUGAGGUGUCCUCUGACAGGCGCACUGGCAAGCCCAUAGCAGUGAAGCUGCUUAAGAUAAAGCCAGAAGUGCUGCCAGAGGAGCGCAUCUCGGGCCAGGUGGGGCCAGACCUGCACGUCUAUCCCUUUACUGUGCUGCAUGGUUAUAUUCAUCCAGUCGUCUCAUCUGUCCCACUGAACUUGGAUGGCAAGGCCGCUCCGGGUCAGGUUCCCACUGGGAGUGUAUGUUAUGAAAGAAAUGGAGAGGUUUUUUAUCUAACCUAUACUCCUGAUGAUGUGGAGGGGAAUGUCCCUUUGGAGACAGGCGACAAAGUCAGCUUUUACAUGGAGACAAACAAGCAUACUGGUGCAGUGAGCGCUCGCAAUAUUCAGCUUGUGAAGAAAAAGCAGGCGAGGUGCCAGGGUGUGGUAUGUGCUACAAAGGAGGCCUUUGGGUUCAUUGAGAGGGCAGAUGUGGUGAAGGAGAUCUUUUUUCACUACAGCGAGUUUAAGGGUGACCUGGAGGCUCUUCAGGCUGGAGAUGAUGUGGAGUUCACCAUCAAAGACAGAAACGGCAAGGAAGUGGCUACGGACGUGCGCCUGCUCCCUCAGGGGACCGUCAUCUUUGAAGACAUAAGCAUUGAGCAAUUUGAAGGCACUGUUGUUAAAGUUAUUCCCAAGGUUCCCACGAAAAACCAGAGUGACCCUCUGCCUGGGCGCAUCAGUACGAGGAUUGGUUUCUCUGAGAAGGAGCUUCCUUUUGGAGAGAAGGACACAAAGUCUAAGGUGACUCUUUUGGAAGGAGACCACAUUCAGUUUAAUAUCUCCACUGACCGCAGGGACAAACUAGAGAGGGCUACAAACAUCGAAAUCCUCCCAGACACCUUCAACCUGACCAAGGAGACCCGUGAAAUGGGCGUGAUUGCAGCCAUUCGCGACGGCUUCGGCUUCAUAAAGUGCGUGGAUCGAGAUGCCCGAAUGUUCUUCCACUUCAGCGAGGUCCUGGAGGAGAGCCAACUGCACAUCUCGGAUGAAGUGGAGUUCACUGUUGUGCCUGUAGGUUCUGUUAAGCUUUUCACAAAAGAUAUGCUGUCUGCUCAGAGAAACCAUGCGGUUCGCAUUAAGAAGCUUCCCAAAGGGACAGUGUCUUUCCACACCCAGUCUGAGCAGAGGUUUGUGGGCGUCGUGGAGAAGGAAGUCGUGUCGGCCUCCAACAAGAACGCAAGCCCCACCAAGGGAAAGGAGAAGAAAAAAGACAAGGAAGCUGAGGAGGGAGUGAUUGCAUAUGAAGACUGUGGUGUGAAGCUCACUGUGCCAUAUCAUGUCAAAGACCUGGAGGGAGGAAGUUUCCCUCAAGCUGGAGACAAGGUGGAGUUCUGCAUCAAUGAAGUGAAGCGAACGGGCCAUCAGAGCGCAGUUUCCAUCAGGGUUCUCAACCGCAACGCCUCCAACUCCAGACGACUGCACGGAUUUGUUGCUGCACUGAAGGAUAACUUUGGAUUCAUUGAGACAGCAAACCAUGACCAGGAAGUUUUCUUUCACUACAGUGAAAUGUGUGGGGAUGUGGAUAAUUUGGAGCUGGGUGACACGGUGGAAUAUACUCUCUCUAAGGGGAAAGGAAACAAAGUUAGUGCUGAAAAGGUUACCAAGGUGGCUGCAGUGAACGGUACUGGUGACGAUGUUGGUGUGUCCGUGUUGGCGGGAAAAAUCAUCCGUCCCAUCCGCAGCGUGGAUCCCUCCCAGACUGAAUACCAAGGACUCAUUGAAGUGACUGAGGAAGGUGACGACAAGGGGCAGAACUAUCCCUUUGGAAUCAUGGGGAUGACGAACAAGGCCGACUGCCUGCAGAAGGGGGAACAUGUUAAGUUCCAAGUUUGCACAGUCACCCAGACUGGCCAGAAGAUGGCGUGCAACGUUGUUCCUCAGCGCAGAGCUCCAGUGGAGUGCGUCAAGGACCAGUUUGGCUUCAUUACGUACGAGGUCGGAGAGAGCAAGAAGCUGUUCUUCCACGUGAAAGAAGUGCAGGACGGCGUGGAGCUCCAGAUUGGAGACGAGGUGGAGUUUUCUGUCGUCUUCAAUCAACGCACCGCAAAAUGUAGCGCCUGCAACGUACGCAGAGUUUGUGAGGGGCCCAAACCGGUGGCCACGCCGCGUCCCGACCGCCUGGUGAACCGAUUGAAGAGCAUCACUCUGGAUGACGCCAGCGCUCCUCGUCUGGUCAUCCUACGGCAGCCUCGGGGUCCCGACAAUUCAAAGGGCUUCAGUGUGGAGCGGAAGACUCGGCAACCUGGAGUCAUUGACUGAGCAAUACGCAGCCAGCCCCAUCAGGCCUUGGAGGGAUGCAGUCCCUGAGGGAAACAGCAGAGGGAUCUGACGUACUGCUUGUGAACCAACUCAUCCAUGAAAUAUAACACACGCAUGCAAGAAGUGGCAUGUGUAAUCCUUUGCCCUCACCUGUAAGGGAACGUCCCCUUGUCCCCUCCAUGAUUGUUUCUGGGUUCAGAGUACCUGUGUGUGUGCGUGUGUGUGUGUGAGAGAGAGAGAAAUGUAAUCUAGAAGAGAUUAAUGUCAGUUGGAGGUAUUUGUUCCUAAGGGGCCUUUUCCCUCUAAGUCCGUUUGACGACUGACUGCGUGGCUGUCGGCAUCCCGAUCUUUUUCAAGUCCGCUUCGUCUGGAAUUCUGCACCUGUAACCGGUCCGUUCAUCUGACUGGGCUAGAUGAGUUUUGUUUUUUGUCUUCUUUUUUUUUAUUAUUAUUGCUGGCAUGUCUUUAACCCUCUGCUUCAUUUAUGUUCCUCAUCGCUCUUUUACGUACUGGAAAACUUAUGAUCACCAAGUUUUCUCCAGUGUACUUUUUUCCUACAAAAUGCUUAAAGCAAUGGUUCCCUCCAUAAGGAGGAUAAUAUUUCAUACAUGUGCGAACUUUUGAGGAUUCAUCUCUGCUCGGUUUUUUUGAGCAGUUUUUAAAAUGCUUUAUUGGAAAAGGCUGGAGUAUAAAAGCAUGGCGUGAGUGUGAUGUAUGUGAAUGUCAAAGUAGUUUCUCUGAAGGAAGUUACCUUUACCAGUCUAGAGCCUUGACAUGCCUUCUUGGUAUUCACAUGCUCCGCUUAACAAGUUUUUCCCAGGUGCAGAAUUCCUUGUGGCAUCUUAUAUCUGCAGUUCUUUUAUACUAUUUCCUUUCUUGCACAUAAUUUUGCUUUGUUUUUGUUUUUGUUUUAAUUGAAAAUUGAUCUGCUAAUAUUGAAUAAAUAUAAGGUGCCUAAAACUUCAAACAAAAUAAAACAAAAGAAAAAGAAUAAAUAAAAAUUAGAUGCAUUUCUUCCCAGCCAACCGUCAAAAUAUUGAAAACAAUCUUUGGGGUGGCUUUUUUUUCCCUAGUAGAAAUAAUAUGAAUAUGCAUCCCAAACUUGUGGGUUGAAUUAUACUGUAUCUUCUCUGUGUGUUUGUUUUUUUCAUUUUGUUUUUUUUUCCCUCUCUGGGUGUAAGCUCCCAAUUUCACAUAUAAUUUACCUAAGGAGAAGGGUUAUCUGUGAGAAAUUCUGAUUUAAUAAAAUAAAAACAAACUGAAUCAGGAUCUCAGUUUUUGUUCUCUGGAGAAAAAAGGAUGAGCUGUCGUGCCUCUGAACAUAAAGUUGCUGUCAGAUCUGAUUUUUUUUUUUUUUUUUUUUCCUCU